UAGCAGUACUAGCAGUACUAGCAGUACUAGCAGUACUAGCAGUACUAGUAGCAGUAGGAGGGCACCGGUUUCCUGGAGUGCCACCAUCCAUGCCUUGAGCCACAUCACACACCGACCAUUGCACACUCACACUCCACAGAUAGCCAGGAGGCGUCUAGGGCAGACCCACACCCUCUGAAGGCACUCAACCCACUCAGCACUGUCUCUGAUCCCUACCACGUUGCCAACGUUUGAAUACGCCCAGCCCGUGAUCCGACUUGGCUGUGGCAGUGGUGGUGGUGGUGACCGGCAGAGUCAUUGGAGUCGUUGUGGCCUUGGUUGUUGGUUGAUUUCCGGUCCUUGUUGGCCUCUUUCCCGUCACUUUCACCUGGUCGUUCAGCUCAGCCUCUGCUUUAGCCUGAGCCUCAUCAUGAGCGGCAACGAAGAAACCACGUCGGACAAGAACGUGGAGAUCUGGAAAGUGAAGAAGCUGAUCAAAUCGUUGCAGAAGGCCCGCGGCAACGGGACCUCGAUGAUAUCGCUCAUCAUUCCGCCCGGCGAUCAAGUGUCGCGCGUGUCCAAGAUGUUGGCCGAUGAGUACGGCACGGCUUCCAACAUCAAAUCCCGGGUUAAUCGCUUAUCUGUGCUGGGCGCCAUCACCUCCGUCCAGCACCGCCUCAAGCUCUACACCAAGGUCCCGCCCAACGGCCUAGUUGUCUAUUGUGGUACCAUUGUCACCGACGAGGGCAAGGAGAAGAAGGUCAACAUCGACUUCGAGCCCUUCAAGCCCAUCAACACGUCGCUCUACCUCUGCGACAACAAGUUCCACACCGAGGCCUUGACGGCCCUGCUGGCCGACGACAACCGAUUCGGUUUCAUCGUCAUGGACGGCAAUGGCGCGCUCUUCGGAACGCUCCAGGGCAAUACCCGUGAUGUGUUGCACAAGUUCACCGUGGAUUUGCCUAAAAAGCACGGGCGCGGUGGUCAGUCCGCCUUGCGUUUCGCGCGUCUCCGCAUGGAGAAGCGACACAACUACGUGCGGAAAGUAGCUGAAACCGCCGUCACGCUCUUCAUCUCCAACGACAAGCCCAACAUUUCGGGCCUGAUUCUGGCCGGUAGUGCGGACUUUAAGACCGAGCUGAGUCAGUCGGACAUGUUUGACCCGCGUUUGCAGGCCAAGAUCAUCAAACUGGUGGAUGUCUCCUAUGGAGGCGAGAACGGCUUCAACCAGGCCAUUGAGUUGGCCGCCGAAUCGCUGGCCAACGUGAAAUUCAUUCAAGAGAAGAAGCUGAUUGGGAAAUAUUUUGAUCAGAUCAGCCAGGAGACCGGCAAGUACUGCUUCGGCGUGGAAGAUACGCUCCGUUGUUUGGAGAUGGGCGCGGUCGAGACGCUCAUCUGUUGGGAAAACCUGGACAUCCAACGUUUCACGCUGAAAAACCACUCCACCGGCGAGGAGAAGAUCUUACAUCUGUCUUCGGAACAGGAAAAGGACAUGACCCAUUUCACGGAUAAAGACACGGGCGUCGAGCUCGAGCUAGAAGAAAACAUCCCGUUCCUGGAGUGGUUGGCCAACAACUACAAGAACUUCGGGGCCACGCUGGAAAUCAUCACGGACCGGUCGCAAGAGGGAUCGCAGUUCGUCCGAGGUUUCGGAGGCAUUGGAGGCAUGCUCCGCUACAAGGUGGAUCUACAGGCCUUGCAACUCGAUGAAUUUGAUGAGGAAGAAUUUGAUUUGGACGACUAUUAGAAACUAGGCGGCGGCUUGUCCAGCUCGUCCUGUGCACGUUCCUGAGCUGAAUGACCGG